GGCAAAAUCACGAGAUGAAGGAAGGAUAAAUGAGCAAAAAAAAAGAAAAGGGCAGUUGGCUUAUCGCAUGUUUGCUUCACGCAAGCAGCUAAAUGGGGUUUGCUUCAUCGCGUGGCUUUAAAGUCUCCAUUUACUAACUAGUACUUCUUCUUCUUCUUCUCCUCCUCCUCCUACUUCCUGCUUCCUCUUAAAUUUUUUUCAUUAUUAGUACUAAAACAUUAUCCAAAAUUCAAUCCUUUCUCAUCUUUCAUUUCGUUGGGGCAAAAUUAACCCACAAAAUUCCAAACCCACAAAAACUAAAUCAAAACCCUACAAAUCUCACCUUCUAUUUUCUCUCUUUAAUUCUUGUUUCUAUUUCCUUUCCCAGCUGCUAGCUGGAGAAGGGUUCUCCCAUCCUUCUGAAAAAAAAAAAAAAAACCCUAAUCAUGGUUUGAGCUGAUCAUCUUGAUCAAGACUUAUCCAAAAGAGGAAACUUUGUUUUUCUUUUUCUAUAUAUAUUUAGAUCAUGAGUUCCAACCCUAGUAGUUGUAGUGCUAGUAAUACUGUUGGGUCGGCUGCGGGUGGAGGAGGCGGCGGCGUUGGUGGCGGUGGAAGUAGCAGCGGGAGUAGUGUCGGCGGUGGCGGUGGAGGAGGAGGAGGAGGGCCGUGUGGUGCAUGCAAAUUCUUGAGAAGGAAGUGUGUGGCGGGUUGUAUAUUUGCACCUUACUUUGAUUCGGAGCAAGGAGCGGCUCAUUUCGCGGCGGUUCACAAGGUUUUCGGAGCUAGUAACGUUUCCAAGUUGCUCCUCCAUAUCCCGGUUCAUAAGCGGCUUGAUGCGGUUGUAACCAUUUGUUAUGAAGCUCAAGCUCGACUCCGAGACCCGGUUUUUGGUUGUGUUGCUCACAUCUUUGCCCUUCAACAACAGGUGGUGAACUUACAAGCGGAGCUAUCAUAUUUACAAGGCCAUCUCGCAACUCUUGAGCUGUCGCCACCGCAGCCGACGCCGGCUGCUCACCCUCCGCCGCUCAUUGCACAACCGCCCUCCCUCACCAUCGCCGAUCUCCCAACAAUUUCUCCGUCAGUUCCCGCGACAUACGACUUGUCGUCACUUUUUGAUCCGGUGGUGCAGCCUACGUGGACCAUGCAACCACCGCGACCACAGCCAAUAGAUUCGCAUCCAUUCGGCGGUGGUGGCGCUACCACAACCAGAGCUCCAUCGCCAGCCGAGGCCUCAACCUCGGCCGGUCUUGGCGGGGGCGGCAGCGGAGAUCUUCAAGAAUUGGCGCGGGAACUUCUGCAUAGACAUGGAUCAACAUCAUCUUCUAUUAAUGUGCCGUGCAAUGAAAUAUCGCCUUUACCACCACACUCAAGCUCAAAAUGAGGGCAAAAUUUUCAAAGGGAAUCUGAACUUUUCUGAUCAUCGUAUCCUUCAUUGAUGAAUAGGGUUUUCUUUUUGCAAAUGAUCGAUCUGGUCCGUCUUCCUUUGGAGUCAAAGAGGAAAUUUAACUUGAUUUUUUUUUUUCUUUUUUGAAUUACAAUUAGGCUAGUAUUUUCUCAUAUGACUAAUCUACUUAUUUGAUCAUUUUUGUUCAUAAAUGUUCGUGCGUUGUACUCCUUUUUUUUUAUAUAUAUAUUUUCCAAUUAAUAUAUGAGUAGUGUUAUAGACUUAUAGUAGUACAUUUUAUAAUAAAAUAAAACAUUGCCUACAUGUGCUCUAAUUAAUUUAGUUGGUGUGGUUAUCUUUAUGAUCUUGCAAAUUCUUCUUAUCCCCC